CUACUUUCUUGCGUUUUCAUUUCACUUUGUGGUUCCGUAACUUUCUCAAAUUCUAUUUCUUGAAUUUCUCUUCAAUUUCUUUCGUUUAUUUUCUCAUUAUCUGUUUGAUUCUUUAUUGCCCAUUCUUUUUUCCAAGAAAAUUUUGUUUUCUGGUGGUAUUUGGUUUCUGUUUUCUUGAAAUCCUGACAAUUUUCUCGGAAAAUGAAGGAAACUACGGGAAACCCUCUCCAUCUCAAGUCGUUGAAUCACAUCUCGCAUUUGUGCAAAUCAGUUGAGCAAUCGGUUGAUUUCUAUGAAAAUGUUCUUGGAUUCGUGCCAAUAAGGAGGCCCGGAUCCUUUGACUUUGAUGGAGCUUGGUUGUAUGGUUAUGGAAUUGGAAUUCAUCUAUUGCAAUCAGAAGAUCCAGACAACAUGCCCAAGAAAACUGAAAUUAACCCAAAGGACAAUCAUAUCUCUUUCCAGUGUGAGAGCAUGGGAGCAGUGGAGAAGAAGCUGAAAGAAAUGGGAAUAAAGCAUGUGAGAGCUAUGGUGGAAGAAGGUGGAAUCCAUGUAGAUCAACUAUUUUUCCAUGACCCAGAUGGGUUCAUGAUCGAGAUAUGCAAUUGUGAUAGUUUGCCAGUGAUUCCUUUAGCUGGAGAGGUAGCAAGAUCCUGUUCUCGUGUCAAUCUACAGAUGAUACAGCACAAUCAGCAGCAGAUCAAGCAAGUGGUUCAACAGUAGUUGGAGCAUUUUCAUUUUGGUUCCCAAUCAAUAAAAUUAAUAGAGGUCAGGUCAGGUGGUGGUGGGGUAUUAUAAUAUAUGUAUCUGUGUUUUCUUUUGUUGUACUUUGUCUUUAUUUUCUUUUUGUUGUCUUUGUUUUCUUGAUCAGGCUGGUCAGCUAGUUGUUGUAGUAGCAAUAAGACAGAUGCAAAAUGUGAUGCAAUGAGAAUUGUGAUGAUCAUUUUGUUUUCU